AUGAAUCAAACUACAACACAAACCUCAGAUGUAACUUCUCCAUUCUUAUCUUACGAACAUAAUGAGGAAAAUGAUGAUAAUAAUGAUGUUUUUAUAAAUGUGGAUAAUAAUAAUAAAAUUGUUUUGGAAAAUAAUAAGUUUGAACGUUGGAGCUGGCUUUGGUGGAUAAACUCAAUUAUAAGAAUUUUUAUUUUUGCAAUUACGGGAUCCACAACUGUUAAAAUUGUUCGUCCAAUAGUUGUUGGCGUAUUUGGAAUAGAAGGAUUGAAUUAUGUAGUUUUGUCGAUUCAAGGUAAAAAUCGUUUAACGGUUUCAGAAUUGGAACAAUUAAAACUAGAUGAUAUCGUAGCAUGCCUAGGGGCGAGCUUUGAAGUAACUGGAGAUGACUUUAUCAAAUGUGCACAGAAAAUUGAAGAAUUAUCAAAAAAUGACAAACCACCAGAAAAUUUGAUAUAUAGAGCAAGGAAAACAGUGGAUUAUUUAUAUGAGCAUUUUGAAGAACUUUGGCUAUCUGAUAGUCAAUGGGAAGAAUUAUCAUCAAUCAACUUUAUACCUUGUGAACAUCCAAAAGCACCUUACGAUCAUGUAAUAUAUGAACAAAAUCUACUUUACUCUUUUAAAUCUCUUCAUUUACCAAUUUACAAAAACCUCAUAUGGACACAGGCGCCUAUAUACUCGUACAAUGUUAUACCAAAGCAUUCCUUUCUAACCAGAUUUCCAUCAUUAAGAAAUAUUGAAUUUCAUAUGGUAUUAAAUCAUCUAUAUGAAAUAAUUGAUACUAUCAUCAAAGCUAGCUCGGUACAGUGGAAAUCAAUUAAAGCGACAAAAAAGUUAAAAAAGGUUAUAUUUGAAAUCUACGAGUAUUUGGAUAUGAUGAACUAUCGUGAAUAUUUACAUAAAAAACUAAAAGAAAACGCAUACAUAUUUUUGAACGGGGCUGAUCCUUUUAUACAAGAGAAUUGGAUGUGUGCAAAAAAUCUUGUCUUAAAUAUAAGUGAAGAUAUCAGUUUGGAUAAAAGGGCAGUAAGUCCUAAAUUGUCUCGUUUUAAAAGAUUGCUGUUGCUUUCAGGAGCGUCAGAGAUGAAAAACAUACCUGUAAACAUCAAAUUGAUACCUCGUUCUCAGAAAGAACGGAUCACUGCUUCAUUGGACAGGUUUUUGAAAGAACAAGAAAAUGGUGUUUCUAAAUUUUUUAUAAAUUAUAAUGAACAAACCAACAUGAAAUGGCCUAAUGAUAUUUAUUUUAAUGUACGUAGUAAGAAGAUAGGAGCUAAUCGUUACAUGUUGGCAGCUUCUUCAAAUUAUUUUGAAGUGAUGUUUCUUGCAGGCACUAAAGAAUCAAAUCCUGACGAAAUUGUUCAUGUUAAUGUGGAUGAUGUAGAUCCUAAUUCAUUCCUAGUGCUUCUUGAAUGGUUAUAUGAAAAAUAUUUAAUAAAAGAACUUAAAUAUGAAGUUGAAUAUGAGAUUAUAAAUGGUGGACUUGUAUUGCCACAGAAUGUGAUUGAAUUGAAAGGAUGGGCAAAAAUAUAUUCAGCUGGGCAACUUUAUAAUUAUUGUAAUAAAUUCAUAUUAGUGAAUUGUGAAUUAUUGUAUGAACAAAGACAAGCUGAAUUAAUCGAAGUAACAGAAGAAGAACGUAAGGAAGAAAUUGAAUUUUUGGAAGAGGAGUUAGGCGACAUGGUUCGUCAGAUACGUAGAGCUAAAGAGCCAAUGAGUAUGGAUAUCUUUGGUGCAUGGGGGCCUCUUGGUAGUUAA